CGACUCCGAACUUGAUCAGCCCUCGGAUUCCUGGUCCGCUUCUCGAUCGCGAGGCAGUAUGCACGCAGCAUGCACGAAUAGCACCGAGACUGGUAGGAUAAUUGCCGAGGAGCGAAAGUUGGCGGCAACCGCAUGAUCAAGUCACCUCACCUACACACCUCUCGAUCCAAGCAGCGCCUGGUCGCCUCGUGACGCAAACUCCCACUGAAGCAGCACACUCACGACUGAGCCCCAGACCCAGGCGCUCGCCGCGUCAGCUGCACUGUACUACACCUUCUUUGGCAUCGCAUCAUCCACUCACCUCUGACCUCGGCUCUUGCUGGACCGUCGCGAUGGCGUCCACUUCCGACACGCAGAAUGAUCUCCGCUUUGACAAGGAACUGUUCAAGAAGGAGUUGCAACGAUUGGUGGACGAUCAUUCCCUUGACAACUUGUUUGAUGCUCGAGUAGCUCAAUUGUUGGAUGAGGGUCAGGGCGAAGGUGAAGCGGACUGGAGGUCUAUGCGAGCCGAGUAUCGCCUGCCCACGCUCAAGCACGCCGGUGUGCCAGGCGGCAGCGAUGAGCCAGCCAUAUACCUUUGCGGCAACUCUCUGGGACCGAUGACAAAGAGGACCGAGCUGUACGUACAGCAAGAACUCGAUGCCUGGGGUCAAAAGGCCGUCUUGGGUCACUGGGAUCAUCCGCAUGGCCGACCUUGGACAAAGUGCGAGGAGCGGAUAGGCAGAAUCAUGAGUGACAUGGUUGGCGCCAAGCCAUCGGAAGUCAUCGUCAUGUCCACCUUGACCGCCAACUUACACAGUAUGCUGGCCACUUUCUACCGACCUGGCAAGCAGCUGCCGCAGAGUGGCUGGAGUGCGCAAGCAUCGCCCAGUGUGCGCGCGAACUACAAGCGCCGCACCAAGAUCCUUUACGAAGCCAAGGCUUUUCCGUCGGAUCAGUACGCUUUGGCUAGCGCAGUCGCUUUGGCUGGAGAGGAUCCCAAGGCAGCCCUCGUGCCUUUGCAUGCGCCCGUGGGUAGCGACACCAUAAGCACGGAGGACAUCCUGCAAGCACUAGAAGUGCAUGGCGACGAAGUGUCCAUGAUCAUGCUUGGCGGGUUGCAGUACAUAACUGGACAGCUCUUUGAUCUGCCUCGCAUCACUCGACGAGCUCACGAGUUGGGCAUACUUGCAGGAUUUGACCUCGCGCACGCCUUUGCCAACGUCCCUCUUGCAUUGCACGACUGGGAGGUCGAUUUCGCAGUCUGGUGCACGUACAAGUAUGGGUCUUCUGGACCUGGUGGCAUUGCCGGCGCUUUUGUACAUGAGAGGUGGGGCGACAUUGGUAUGCGAACCCACCUUGAUCGGCCCGACGCGUACGAAGGAGCCGAGGGCUUACUUAGACCGGCUGGCUGGUGGGGACAUGAAAAGAGCACCCGCUUCAGCAUGCCAAACUCUUUCCGCUCGAUGAAGGGAGCAGCGGGUUGGCAGCUAUCAAACCCUUCUGCACUAGAUGCUGCGGCUUUGCUAGGCUCUCUAGAGACGCUGGCUCAGGUGGUCAAGGGUCAAGAUGUGGGAGCAAUAGAGUGGGCAAACAAGAUCGAGUCUAUUGAAGGCACUACUGCCAUCGGCAGUGGUCAAAUCAUGCCACGUCUCAGACCUAGGUCAGCGAGACUGACCGCCUACCUUGAGCUGCUACUGCUGGAACAUUUCAUCCCAAAGCAAACGCAAGUGCGGAUCAUCACCCCUGCAGACCCGAGCCAACGCGGCUCGAUGUUGAGUCUGCGUGUUCCGGACGUCACAAGGGCCGAUCCCAAGUUUGCAGCGUUGGAAACGGCUCAGGCACAGCUGGGACAGUCGCAAUCACUUGCUGCCAAGGGCGAACACACCGCUCCAACGGCAGCUGAUCGAGUGGCCGAGCCCACGUCUGCGCAGACCUUGGUCAGCAGAGCGCACAAGAGGGCAGAAAGGACGAGCGGGUUGAUAGCUGAUGUGAGAAGUCCGGAUAUCGUAAGGCUCGCUCCCCUUGCGCAGUACUCCACUUUCGCCGAUGUGUGGAAAGCUGCCGAGGCGUUUGGCCAAGCUCUGCGCAUCGAGUUGGGUCUCGAUUGAGCGUGUUGUGGCACGCACAGCCAAGCACUUGUCGAGCGGCUUCAGAUACAGUCAUUGUUCAUCAUGGUCCUCCUUUUUACGAUUUGCAGACACGUCGCAAGCGAAUCACAGCAUGUCUCGUUCCUGGCUCCACGCCCCCUUUCGCGAUCGCACCAGUCACGCAGAAUCUAGAUCUCUCAAAAGCACCUGUGUGCAUACCUGUCUAUUUGCGGGCGUGAGGGUACAAUGUCAUCGG